UCAUUCUAAAGUGACAAAAACACAACGGUUCCUAUUUUCAAGUAAUUAUAAACUAAUGAGAACAUAGUUAUUAUUCUGCCGAUAGAUGCCCCUAAAUCCCACACACAGGACCUUUAAACUGUGGAGCCUCCGUCCGAUCGAUGUUGUCCGAAUCGUGAUUUGAUUAAUGUGGUCUGGCUCGACGACGCUAACGGAAAGCGAGUUGUUGUGAACUGGAGCUGCUCAGUCUCGGAGCUCAUGAACAAGGAAAAUUUGUCGUGAAGAAAAGACAAGAGAAGCAGUUUUUUUGACAAUGUCGCGGUUGUUUUUGCCAAACCGUCUUUGUGCCAAAUGUACCCUGCCAACAGCGCGCGGGUCUUCUUUGUUAACACCGGCGCGAGACAGUCAACAGACAAGUGUUUUUAUUCACCAGCAGAGACGAUAUGUCGGAGGGUCUAACACAGCCGUUUUUAAACACAAGUCAAAGUCCAGGAUUUGGAUAUAUGGGGUUGGUGUGGGGAUUGCUAUAGCUGUGGGAUUGAAAUACCGAGCUGACACCGCCAACAGCUCCUGUGACGCUGGAGUAAAACCAGUACAGAGGACUGAUCGAUUCAGCAAUGCCAUAAAAGUUAGCAGAGACCUUGUGGAGAGGAUAAAGGUAAGCAUUGAGACAGAGGUCGGGGCUCCAGGGAUUUUGGUUGGGGUCUCUGUGGAUGGUGCUCAAGUCUGGAGUGAAGGAAUCGGCUAUGCUGAUUUGGAAAAUCGUGUGCCAUGCAGCCCAGACACGGUGAUGCGGAUCGCCAGCAUCAGUAAGCCCCUCACAACUGCAGCUGCUGCACGACUGUGUCAGGAGGGGAAACUAGAUCUUGAUGUCCCUGUCCAGAAAUAUGUCCCUGAAUUUCCCCAGAAACAAUUUGAUGGACAAGAUGUCACAAUAACCCCCCGUAUGAUUAUGUCCCACCUGAGUGGUAUACGACACUAUGAGAAGGAUGCAAAGAAAGUGAAGGAGGACAAGGAGAAAGCUAAACGUCUUUUAAAGUCAGAAAAGAAAGAGGAUGAAAAGAGCGCAUCUGGAAACAAAGAUAAAACCACAACAGAACAGAACACAAAAGGCAAAGAGACCACUCAGAAGAAAAAAGAGUUUGAGCAGGAGGAAUACUACUUGAAGGACAACUUCGAAAGUGUCACUCAGGCUUUGGACCUCUUCAAGAACGACCCGCUCAUUUUCAAACCUGGCACCACGUUUCUGUACUCCACCCACGCCUUCACCCUGCUCAGUGCUGCUAUGGAGCGAGCUGCUGGACAGAGCUUCCUGGAUGUCAUGACGAACAUGUUCCGUGAGCUGGGAAUGCUUAACACUGUGCCCGAAGAGAAUGACCCUAUUAUUUACCACCGCUCCAGAUUUUAUCAUCUCAACAAGAAAGGACGGGUUGUGAACUGCCCAUAUGUAGACAACUCCUAUAAGUGGGCAGGAGGCGGCUUCCUUUCCACCGUGGGUGACCUGCUGCUGUUUGGUAACGCUCUACUGUACAGCUUCCAGGUGGCUCACCUGAAGAACACUGACGGCUUACUCCCUGGCUUCCUCAAACCCCAAACUAUUAUAGAACUGUGGGCACCCGCUGAUAAGACAGAGGCCAGCUGGGAUAAGGAUGGACUGUAUGCCCAGGGCUGGCUGGUAGUGGAGAAACUACAGAAAUAUGGCCAGUGCAGGAAGCGCAGACACUAUGUGUCGCACACAGGAGGCGCUGUGGGUGCUAGCAGCGUCCUCCUGGUGCUACCCAGUGAGGAGACAGAAAAGUGCCAAGGCCAGACCCCGCUCCUCCCACAGGGGGUGGUGGUCACCAUCAUCACUAACAUGCAGUCUGUGGGACUCAACACCACAGCACUGAAAAUUGCGAAAGAGUUUGACAAAGCCAGAAGCCUGUGAGAGUAAGUUGUUUACAGGAAUGUGUGGGUUUUUAUUUUACUGAGAAGUAUUUCAGAUAAACCGUGUUAUCUUGUGAAAUUUUGAUAAUACUUUUAAAUAAUUUUAGGAAGUUAAAUGAAUCUCAAACAUAUAUAUUUUUUAUCCAUUUUAUGGAUUUUGCAAAGUAAGGUCAUUUACUUUUCAUGAUAAUACUUGCCAGGGACGCCAGACUGCCACUAGGUGGAAGCAAUUCACUAUAUUUCUAUCACAGAAAGGCCACUGAUUUAUGCUAUCAGUUUGCUGGCUUCAUACAGAGCUUCAUGCACUUCUACCUCUUAAAAGCUAAUACAGCAACAAAUAUAAAUGUAUUUCUGCAUCUGAGAGAAACGGAAACAUUUCAUACACAAUGGAAAGAGGUCAGUUGCUGUUUAAAGCAGCACGGUACACCUGUGAAGUGUCUACGUCACAUGAAGUGACUUUUAAGGCCCUACCUGAACAGAUAUUUCCUCAUUGUGACAUGACAUGACACGUACGCUGUACAGAUUGUAAAGCCCCUCGAGGCAAAUUUAAUUGUGAUAUUUGGCAGUAUAAAUAAAACUGACUUGACCUGA